UGCGCUCGUCAGGGCGCCCCGCACAGGCGUGAGCCAGGCAAAGCCUCGCCUCCCCACUGCGCCCUCCAGCCAGCGUUAGAUGUACCCCCUCGGUCGAGGUCCGAGCGCGACCGUAUUUGGGAACUGCUGUUUGUAAGGGACCUCUCGAGGUAUUGCGUGUUGGAAAUGGGCUGGCGGUGGGAAAGCCACUGUGGAGAUCUGCAGCCAGCACCGCCCGACCCAAACGCACAAACCGCCGCCUCUCUCCACACUGAGCAGCGCUGGGGAGUGGGUGGACAGACCAUCGCCUUGUUGGGCUUCCUGGCAAGGAGGCCAGUUUCAUCUGUGGCUGGUCUUCUGACUUGAAAACAGCAUUCUGGCCUUUUCUGACUUGAUGUCAUCAGUGGACGUGGGAAUUUAUGCCCAGGGAAAGGAAAUGCCCUACGACUCCCACAGUACGCCAACCACCGGGAUCUGUGUGUGGUGGAAGAAGGAGUCCUAAAGUGAGGGUCAAGAUGCCUGGAUAAGUCUCAGCUCUGCCUCGAACCAGGCACCUGGCCUUGUCUCAGUCUCUGUGUGCUUCAGCUUCCUUACUGUACCAUGCUCAAAACAAAUAGUGACUUGGUCUACAAGAUUGCUCCCAACCCAGGAACCUGAGAUUUUGCAUCUGCCUGUACUGGUCUCCCUGCCUUUGGUUGUUCUGCAGGAUAAUGCAAAAAAAUCUUAUGGCCAAAGAUCUGGGUAUCUUCUGUAGUAGCAAUGAAAUACUGGUGGUCCAAUGUCCUGGAUUAGGACCGCAAAGGCCCCUAGCAAGACUGCCUUCCAACUAAAAGGAAAUUGUUUCCUAGGCCACGUUUCUGUUGACUGAGCAAACAGAAACCCAAUUAUAAUGCAAGUCCCCAGAGAUAAAAGGCAUCAACAGUUGCAUUUCCAACUCACAGAAAUCCUGGUUGGGACCAAAUGCACAACUCCUCCUAUACAUGGUGUUCCAAGAUCUUCAGGCAACCACUAGUGAGAGGAUAAAGUAAAAGGCAGAUGGGAAUCCAUGUAAGAUCUUCAGGCAACCACUAGUGACAGGAUAAGGUAAAAGGCUGAUGGGAAUCCGUGUGCACUGUGAUUAAAGAACUCAAGGAAGAGCGUCCCUGGACUAUAGUCUUAUCUUUGCAGCCAGAGUGGUCAUGUUAAAAUUGAUAUCACAUCAUGUUACUCCUGUGUCCAACCCAACACGGUUCAAUGGCCUGAAUCAUCUCCAUGCUUUUACCCUUGAGCUCGGAAGGAUUUUUGCUGGGAGAGGUAAGACAAGAGGAAACCUUUAGCAUCAGUGACUCACAAAUCAGCAACACAGAAUUUCUGCAAGUAAUUGAAAUCCAUAACCAUCAGCCUUGUUCAAAACUUUUUAGUUUUUAUGAUUAUGCAAGCAAAGUUAAUGAAGAGAGUCUGGACAGGAUUCUUAAAGAUCGGAGAAAGAAAGUUAUUGGGUGGUACAGAUUCCGGCGCAACACGCAGCAGCAGAUGUCAUACAGAGAGCAGGUCCUCCACAAGCAGCUCACCCGCAUCCUCGGUGUGCCCGACCUCGUCUUCCUUCUCUUCAGCUUCAUCUCCACCGCCAACAAUUCCACUCAUGCUUUAGAAUACGUCCUCUUUAGACCAAAUCGAAGGUAUAAUCAAAGGAUAUCACUUGCUAUCCCCAAUCUGGGCAAUACUAGCCAGCAGGAGUACAAAGUGUCUUCAGUGCCAAAUACUUCUCAGAGCUAUGCCAAAGUUAUUAAAGAGCAUGGUACUGACUUUUUUGACAAGGACGGAGUAAUGAAAGACAUCAGGGCAAUAUAUCAGGUUUACAACGCACUUCAGGAGAAAGUGCAGGCAGUGUGUGCAGAUGUUGAAAAGAGUGAGCGAGUUGUUGAAUCUUGUCAGGCAGAAGUGAACAAAUUAAGAAGACAAAUCACUCAGAGGAAAAAUGAAAAGGAACAAGAAAGAAGAUUGCAGCAGGCAAUGUUGAGCAGACAAAUGCCAUCUGAAAGUUUGGAACCAGUGUUCAGUCCUCGGAUGCCCUAUUCUGGGUUUGCAGCUGAAGGUAGAAGUCCACUCGGAGACACAGAGGCCUCUGAUCCUCCUCCACCUUAUUCUGAUUUUCACCCAAACAAUCAAGAAAGUACUUUGAGCCAUUCUCGAAUGGAAAGGAGUGUGUUUCUGCCUCGACCCCAAGCUGUGGGCUCUUCCAACUAUGCGUCCACGAGUGCUGGACUGAAGUACCCUGGAAGUAGGGCAGACCUUCCUCCUUCCCAAAGAGCAGCCGGAGACAGUGGUGAAGAAUCAGGUGACAGUGAUUACGAAAAUUUGAUUGACCCUACGGAGCCCUCUAAUAGCGAAUACUCACAUUCAAAGGACUCUCGACCCGUGACACUUUCCGAGGAGGACCCCAGGAACACUCAAACCUCCCAGAUUUAACUAAACAAAAGAAGCUCUCCACUUAGCACUGUUUUCCUUAAUUGCUUAUUGAGAGAGUGAUUUGAGGACUUAACCUUGGGGGAGAACUGUUUUCUCAGAUACCCUGACUCCCACGAAGAGAGUCCUUGUGCACAGAGCUUGUGGGGGGCUCCAUCCGCUGGUCUUCUUCGGAUGCACUGUGCAGGUUUCAUGACAAAAUCAUUAAGAUAAUCAAAUUGUCCUAAUUCUGGUGCGAUUCAUGGAUGUUCUGGUAAAUUUAGGCAAAGUGAAACUUAUCAGCGUAGUUUCUGUUCUUUAAAAUAAAUUGAAAAUUAGAGACUAAGCACAAUUAGUCUAUAAAUGUUCUAUAAAUCAAAAACUUACCUCUUGCACUAUCAUGCCUUGAAAUUUACUUUUUCAAAGGGAAAUGAGUUUAGCAGCAGCCUUCAAAGAACUUCUUUCUAUGAUGAGCCAAAUUCAUCUUUGCCAGAAAAGAAAUUUUGAUAAUUCCAAGAAGCCUGAUUGGAAUAACUUGGAUAUUCCUUCUCUUGUCUGCAUGACUUUGUGACAUCUAAAGAGAGGGCUUUGUUUCAACCUUUUUCUACUAGCCUGAUAAUGUAUUGUCACUUAAAAUGGUUGCCUUUAAAAAAAAAAUGUAGAAAUACUAAUUACCAGUAAGUAAUCAUCCAAAUAAGUAUGUCAUAAAAUAAAUUAAUUAUUUUUCUCUUGGUGGAUUACAGUGACUACUGUGUUGCACUAGCACGUUUAUGGUCUCUAUUCUGGAGUCUUAAAGGACACAUAGCAGUGCGUAACAGAAAGGAGUUAUGUACCAGACCUGAGUUUUAUGAUAAACAGAUUCCAGACAUGGUGGGUUUAGCUGAGUUCAUAUGUAAGGGAUAUAACUCAUUUAGAUCUUCUGACAAAUCCUAGUGUUAGUUUUAUUUGUGGAGGAAAGACAUUUAAUAAACUAUUUGGGAAUUUUGAUGAAUAAAGAUUUGUUUUAAAUCUGAAUAACUAUACUUAUUUUUUUUUUAAGUUGCCAUUUGGGGAAUAAUUAUAGAAUGUGUAGAGACUCUCUUGGGAUGCACUUAUGUUUUUAUUUAAUUACUGCUUGUUUUCUAGUUUUGCCCAGAACAUGUGAAACCACUGAGACAUUCAGGAGCAUGGUGGGCUCCUGGUUUGGAAGUGACAAGACCUACCAUUUUGUGACGAAGUCAGCUGAUGAACUUAAUACUUAUUGUUUAACUGCCUUUCCUUUGGAUUAGUUAAAGCCUGUUAGAAUAAGAAGUUGUUAGAGCAGCUUAAAAUCCAGAUUCUGAAAAAGUAAUUUUAUAGGAUAGACAUUUAUUCACUGAGCUCCAGUUCCAAUACUAAAUUAGACAAUAUAAUAUGGACUGAAAAAUGAAAUGCUAAAACUGCCAUUCACUCUACGGGGGUCUGUGUUGUUUUACUGUCCUGGUUUUGUUGACCUUAUACCACUGCCAUUUGGUUUAAAAUGUUGCAGACCACUUUGUCUGCAAAUGUGUUCCAUUUUUUAUCAGCUACCUACUAAGCAGCUGCAGCAUUAGUGUGAAUUUAAUUUUUUUUUGACGUGCCAUUGCCAUCUCUUCUGUUCAGAUUUUCACAUUCAGGAAAAUAUUUUUUUUAUGCCAUACUGGAAUCUACAAUGUAUAUCUGACAAAGCAGUUAAAUGUGACAAUAAAAACUUAUUUAAUCAUGA